AUGGGGAAACAGAAUAGCAAACUGGCCCCCGAAGUGAUGGAGGACCUGGUGAAGAGCACAGAGUUCAAUGAACAUGAGCUCAAGCAGUGGUACAAAGGGUUUCUCAAGGACUGUCCAAGCGGGAGACUGAAUCUCGAGGAAUUUCAGCAGCUCUACGUGAAGUUCUUCCCGUAUGGAGACGCCUCCAAGUUCGCCCAGCACGCCUUCCGGACCUUCGACAAGAACGGGGACGGCACCAUCGACUUCCGAGAGUUCAUCUGCGCGCUCUCCAUCACCUCCAGGGGCAGCUUUGAGCAGAAGCUGAACUGGGCCUUCAACAUGUACGACCUGGAUGGCGACGGCAAGAUCACCCGCGUGGAGAUGCUGGAGAUCAUUGAGGCUAUCUACAAAAUGGUGGGCACCGUGAUCAUGAUGAAAAUGAAUGAGGAUGGCCUCACGCCUGAGCAGCGAGUAGACAAGAUUUUCAGCAAGAUGGAUAAGAACAAAGACGACCAGAUCACACUGGAUGAAUUCAAAGAAGCUGCAAAGAGCGACCCUUCCAUCGUAUUACUUCUGCAGUGCGACAUUCAGAAAUGAGCAGAGGUCAACGCUAUGGACUGCACAAAAGUCUCAAUGUUCCAUUCAGUCUGCAGCUAUUAACACACACACACAUACACACACACACACACACACACACAUACACACACACACAUACACACACACACACACACACACAAAUA